AUGAGCCUGGAGAGAUACACUGGAACAGGGCGCUGGGAGGGGCCUGCAGUCCAGUGGUGGGGAACAGUGGCCUUGGGAGUUGCUCUGUGGGAUGGUGGAGAGGCAGAGCUGGAGCUUAAGAGGUUGCGGAGGUGCGGAAUGCAAGGACCCCUAGAGGCAUCAGGGAGGAGAGGACAGAACACACAGAGGGCCUCCUUCUCUUUCAGCUUUUUAAUUGCCCUCUCUCCUCACACAGUAGACUAUUGUCUCUCCUAUGAACUGGUCAAGAGGUGGUGGCAUGGGCAUGGCCUGGCUACACAGUGGCCCAACCUCUCUGUACUCUGAUGUUUGUGUGAUUAAGGAGUC